GAGGAAAAAAAAACCCACCAGGAUUUGGUAUCUUAUUUUCUCCCUCCUUGCAUGUUCAUUGUCUUUUGCUCCACAAUAAGAGGUGUACAUCACAACGGGCAUCUCUCUCUGGGACUGUACAAAAAUAUUACUGAUCAGAGGGGAGGGGAAAAAAUUAAUUUCAAGAAUUGGCAGGUGACUUUUUUUUUUUUAAGGACAAAAGUGUCCAAGCUGUGAAACUUGGAAGAAUUAUUUUACGUUAUUGUUUUUUUUCCUGCUGAAGCCUUCUCUUGCACAAAGGUAUACAAAUGCUCUCUGUCCAGCCAGACACCAAACCGAAAGGUUGUGCUGGCUGCAACCGUAAGAUCAAAGACAGGUAUCUCCUAAAGGCCCUGGACAAAUACUGGCAUGAGGACUGCCUGAAGUGUGCCUGCUGCGACUGCCGUUUGGGGGAGGUAGGCUCUACCUUGUACACCAAAGCCAACCUUAUCCUGUGCCGCAGAGACUACCUGAGGUUAUUUGGUGUUACGGGGAACUGUGCAGCCUGCAGCAAACUCAUCCCUGCCUUUGAGAUGGUGAUGAGGGCCAAGGACAAUGUUUACCACCUGGACUGCUUCGCCUGUCAACUUUGUAAUCAGAGAUUUUGCGUGGGAGACAAAUUUUUCCUAAAGAACAACAUGAUACUGUGCCAGACAGACUAUGAGGAGGGUUUAAUGAAAGAAGGUUAUGCGCCCCAAGUUCGUUGAUCCGAUGCCUCGUUGCGGAGAAUAUUGAAGCACUAUGUUUUUACCCUUUCCUUUCUUUUCUUUUGUUCAACGUGUAUAUAUAUAUACAUAUAUAUAUAUAUUAAAAAUGAAAAAACAAUGGCAGAACCUACUGAAUAGCGUAGAAAUAGGGAGACAGGAUGGUCGUGUGGAAUAAAAGGCGGACUUCAAAUAUAUGUAGUGGAAAUUGCACCAGUUCACAGUUGAAUGUUUAUUAAAAGAUAAUGUAAAUACUUGCUGGAGGUUUUUCUUUUUCUUUUUCUUUUUUUCCUUUGCUUGCUGUUUUGGUUAUUUUACUUUAUUUUUUUAAUUUUGCGUCAUUUGGCAUGAGAUGCUUAUUUUGGACCAAUGUAUAUAAUGUACUGUAAUAUUCAAAGCACAAAUGUAAUACAGUUUUAUUGUGUUACCAUUUGCUUCUUUGUAUUGUUGCAUUUAGUACAAUCGGUGUUUAAACUUUAUUGUAUAUUUAUGCUUUCUGUAUCUACCAGCUAUUUUGAAAGAGCUGUAUCUUUCUAGUAAAAACAAAACAAAAGCAAAAAAAAAAAAAAGAAGAGAGAGAGAGAGAGCCAAUCCCAUGCAUUCUUCUCCGUUUUAAGAACUUCACAAAUGCUUGAUCUAUUGAAUUAAAACUGAUGGGUAAAAGUGGCCAAAGUUAAGUGGACUUGAAUUGGGUCUGUUUAAGUGCAUGCUAAACUCUCCCAUUGAAACCGAUGGGAUUGGAAGGUGCUUAAUUUCAGACUGGAUUAUAAUUCUAGCAACAGUGCUGAAGCUUCUGAGGUUCUCAGUCUUUCAUUAGAUCUCAUGCAAGCUUUUAUUAUCAUUACUAUUACUAUAUUGAAUGAUGUUAGCUAUUUUAUUCCAUUACAGUUCAAAAAGUACUUUCUGUUUGCUACAGAAUUUCAACGGGGGUUUCCCCCCCACAACCUUGUUGGCAGUACUUCUCAACCUUACAGAGUGGGCGUUAAAUUAUUUGGGGCGGGGGCUACUGUGUUCUGUAUACUCCCCCCCCUAUAUAUAUAUAUGUAAUUGCUUGUUUCCGAUAUAACUGGGAAUGAAGAGCUGAGCCCCAAUGCAAAUCAGUGCCUUUGGGUGUCUUGUAAAAAUUUUAUAUGUAUAUAUAUAUUUCUGAAGUUAUUUUAAUGUAGCAUAGUGAUUUCUGCUCCUGUACAGAAACGUUAUUUAAGAAAAGAAAAAUCAGUGUCUUGCCUAAACAUCUAUCCGGUUUGGGUACAGCAUACCUAAGAGACUGUCUCCCUCCAUGUGACCAUCACAGCCCAUAAUGUUGACCAAGAGUGCCCUCUUGAGGUCACCUUCUGAGUACCAACUCAAGACAUCUGGGCCUUGCAGAGGGGCAUUCCUAGGGGCUGCCCCACAGCCAUGGAAGCGCUGUCAUGCUGGAGAUUCGCCAAAACCUGUGUAACCUUUCAGAAGCAUUGCCAGGCAUUUUCAAUAUGGGCUGCUGUUUUUCGGUGUGAGAUGGAAGUGAAGAACCUCCACUUACGAGCGCUGAGGCUAUAACAACUGUUGACUUUUGUAGAUGCGUUUAAUCAAAAUUCGACUGGAUAUUGUAUUCUUUGUUUCUUAAUUUAUUGUUGUCCAUUCCAAGUUGUUUGGGGUGGGGCAGUCUAAAGAUAAAUAAACUCUAAGGAUUGGAUGGCAAAA